AUCUCAACAUCGGAAUUGGAAGGCCACUCUGGUGGAUCGUUCUCUGUUGCAGGAGGUUCUUCUUCUGUGCUUGGUGGUACUUCAGAAUCAGCUGGUGGUACUUCAGAAUCAGCUGGUGGUAUAUCGGAAUAUUGUGGGCAUUCCUGAUCCGAUACACAAGAGUAUUCGGUAGUUCCAUCGCUAACCCAUCGGCUGGCUUUCCCUCUAGACACGCAUACUGCGGUUUCCCCGCGAAGGAGAGACUGCUUUUUUACCAAAACAAAGUCUUGUUCUUCAUCGCAGACGCAAUUGCACGCCCCUGGACAUUGGUUAUUGCAGCAGCCACAUGUGUCACCUUCGUACCCAACGACUUGUCCGAGCAAUGUGGAGACGCAAUGCGUGGUUUCUUUCUGCCAAGAAAACCCGGGAAAUCCCAAAGCUCGUUUCCCACAGAUAAAUGUUCCCGUCAGAGGACCAUUACCGACACCAUUAAAGAGACCACCAGCCCCGCAACUGGAUGUUUCUCGGAUUGCUGGAUCGCAAUCAAGAUUUACGAGCUCAAUGGCACGAACCGAGGCGAUCGCGAAAAGGGCCAAAACAGACUGGAAAGGACGUCUUACAAUCACCACCAUCUUGCCGUACAAAUUUAUUUGGAGGAACCUGAAAGAAUAAGAAAUGAGAUUUGCAAUGGAGAAAUGACAGCAAGUUUUCGAAGAUGGAAGCGAAAGCAAAUGGAUCAUUCUGCGAAAGCGACCCUCUCGGCGAUUUUGUUUGUGACAGUGGUGGAGGGAGUUCAUCGCUUUCCCACCUCAGCGAUAAUGGCUAAAAAAAUCAAAUCCUGUCACGGCAUUAAUUAAAUGCAAGUAUGUUUGGCAGGGUGGCGGGAACCGCCACAGCCGUUUCGAUCGGAUCGAAUGAUUCAAUCAUUCGAAUGGUAUGAUAAUCUUCAAUCGAACCAUUCGAAUCUGAUUCGAGGCGUCGUUUCCUUUUGGAGACAAUGUGGGUCUGGGGGCUACCGGUACAAUUCGCAGCACCACUCGACCGACCUCUCGAAGCUCCUCUCGACCUCCUCUCUCUUCCCUCCAAAACCCCGCCAACAUGUUGUCCAUGUCAUUGUCCGUCUCUGAUUGACGCCUCCUUAUUAUUUAAAAUAGUCGACUACUAGUAGGCAGCCAGCUACAAUGGCUACUUGUGCUACCCAACCAGCUGGCAAAACACCAGCAGAAGAGCGCCCACUGAAGUUUUGGGCCAUCAAGAAGAGUGGUCUUCUGAAAUCGCCCGCCAUUUUUACCUGUGUGGAAGAUUGCAAACAGUAUGCCGUUGCCAAAGCAAGAGCCAAGAGCGAUGAGGAAGGUGAUAACGUGCCCGUAGUGGAGUAUAAAGAAUUCCAAAGUAUUUGGGAUGCCGUCAAGUAUAUUAUGCCUUGGCAGAAUCUCCCAGCCAUUAUCAACAAUAAUCAGCAGCCGACCCAACCAGUGGGCUACACUUAUGCACCCCCAAAACCACCGCCCGUGGCAUAUGCCGCCCCAGCUGUUCCUGUACACCCUCCUCCUCAAUAUCCAAUGGUCUAUCCCACCCCAACCUACAUGCCUCCUCCAGCACAGCUUCCGAAACCAUCGCAGUUACCCAAACAUCCUUCUUCCACCAGAAAGCCUGCACCCGCCAAGAAACCAGGUAAUCAAACACAGGCGGGCCGCAAGGGAGAUCCUCGAAUGAAUCGUGCCGUGGCGGCUCGCACGGAAAACCCCACAAUGCCAUUAUUUGAAGCGCUCCAAAUUGGAGGAUUCGAGUAUCCAAACGAUAUUGAUCCCUACGUUGUAGAUGACGAAAAUGUCACGCUGGGGCAACGCAAAAAUCAACUCAGCCGACGCCUGCGUGUAGCCCGUAAGCAACCAGAAGAGUCGGGAGGACUUGAUACUGGUGCUACUUCGCUUGUUCCCGCUACAGUGGGUGCUACAGAUCUCGCUGGCAAGAAUCGUGCGGAGCCAGCAACCCCUGAAGAAGCCAAGGAAUUGGAAGAGGAAGCUGCAGAAGUUGUCGCCAAACUCAAGCAAAAGAAUAUGCUUCCAGCAGAAAAUACCACAGAAAAUUCCACAACCACGCCGCAGAAUGCCACAGCCGCGCCACAACACACUACAGCUACAGCCAUGACGCAGAAUACCACAGUCAUGCCACAACACACUACAGCCAUGCCACAGAAUGCCACAGUCAUGCCGCAGUAUCAUCCUGCGCUGGGCUUUAUGCCGGCUACUGGGUACGCAUACAUGUAUCCCGUGAUGCCGGCUGCCGUUGCUACACAGCCACAACCAACCGUUGCUACACAGCAACAACUUGUGACUGCGACCAAUACACAAGCACCUGCGACCAAGGGGAAACCAAAGGCCACGGCGUCCCGUCAACUUCGCCUCAGGGCUUACAUUUCCUGGGAAGACAGGUACAAGCAAUUGAUCCAGUACAAGGAAAAAUAUGGCAGCGCAGUUGUACAAAAGAGUCACAUACUGGAUGAUGACGGUUUUCAAAGAUGGGUUGCAUACGAACGAAAACGAAUCAAAAAGGUGGAAGAGCUUCGUGCUGCUAAUAAGCCUGUCUCCAGCAAGGAUGCAGAAUGUGUCAAGAAGCUACAGGAUAUUGGCUUUGCGACACCACCCGCCAACGAUGCCAGCAACGGUCCUGCUAGUUCCAGGCAAUGGGGUGCCAAGCGUCUUGCAAAAUGGGAAGCCAAUUUCAAAAUGCUGCAAGAGUACAAGGAAAAACAUGGUGUCUCUGCCAAGAUAGAAAGGAGUGAAGAAAAGUUGUAUCGAUGGGUCAGUUAUCAGGCCAGGGCCAUUCGAGAGUUUCAAGAAGAACCUGACAAGAGUUGUUUCACGAAAGAACGAAUUGAUCGGCUCCUUGCCUUGGGAGUCAAUCCAACCGGGCACGCCUCUGAUAAACCGUCACUCAAAAAUGUGUCGUGGGAUGAAAUGUACAAUCAACUGGUGGCAUUCAAGCAAGCACAUGGGACAGUGGAGGUUCCCCACUACCGAGCUGCUGGAGUUGAUACAAUGAAGCAUUAUAGCAAGCUGCUACGAAAUUGGACCCUCAAAAUGCGAGAGGAUUUUGAAUUGCUCCAAAAGGGGGAGAAAUCAGAUCUGACGCCCGAUCGCAUGGAAAAACUCACCAAGCUUGGGUUUCGCUUCCAGGUUUAUCGUCGCAUGAACUUUGAUCAUCGUGCAGCAGAGUGGCUGGAAUACAAAGCCAAGCAUGGAAAGGACCCACCAUCUGAGGAGGGUGACCCUUUGGCCUCGUGGGUGUCAAAGGUCCGCAAAAAGUACUGGCAGAAGGUGGAGAAUGGUGUUCAGAACUCCCUGACAGAGGAACAGAUCGACAAACUCAAAUCUUGGGGCUUCAAUUUUGAGCGCAAACUCAAGUUUUCGGUACUGCCCAGACCCACGAAAUGCUGGGAAGAGCGAUUCCAAGAUUUACUGGAGUUCAAGGAGAAGGAAGGGCAUUGCAACGUUCCUCAAACAUACCCUGAGUUGGGCACUUGGGUUCAUAGUCAACGCCGACAAUACCGCAAGCUCAAGAAGGGAUUGAAGAGCACCUUGAACAAGGACAAGAUUGAAAGGCUGGUCAAGAUUGGGUUUCAGUGGAUCACACGAAAGAGUCCCACCCGUCCCCAGAAUGCCGCUGAAAGCAACAACAACAACAAGGAAGUUCAUGACUUCAGCGAAUAUGAAAAGCACAUGGCUUUCGUUCCGGGGGAAACAACUCGUACCAACAACGCUAAGAAACGCCCCCUCCCCACCGCCGCAGAUGGCUAUAGCGAUGAUGACUCUAGUUCGGACGAGGAAGAAAAUGGACUGCUCAGCGAUGUCAGGGGAAGCACUGGCCAUGGCAACCACUAUCCAAUCAACCAUAAUCCACUGGCAAAGCAUGGCAAGACUCCGUGGGAUCGCUACAGGCUUGCAUGAGCCUCGUCACUUCACUCUCUUCGCCCGUUUUUCCGCACGCUCACGAGGCCGCUGGUAGCGGGAGCUCGAGGCGAAUAUGUGCUAAUAAAACUAAUGAUCUUUUUUUCAGAGCGAGCGACAUAUUAUUAGGGCUACAUGGUUUAAAGGCUUCACCCUCGCUCCUAUUCGGAUCCAUCGGGUCUUCUUUGAAUGUUAGUUCAUUGUAUGCAUAGUCAGAAACACGUAUGUCCUCGCCUGCAGGAACGGUAUCCUUAGAAUCAAUUGCAGCGCCAAGAUCUAUCUACUCCGUCUUUGUGGUAUCGCCGCCCUCUUCGGUCUCAUUGUCGCCCGCUUCCGGGAAGGUAUCUUCCCAUGUGUUGGACACCUCGCCAAACAGAACCGUGUAAUCGAUAAACUCCCUGGUGCUACCGUCUCCUUCGUGGACAUAGACUUCCAAUGCAAUUGGAGUGACUCCCUUGUCAGCCUCCUUAUUCUCUUCGAUAUACUUCUCGUAGACUUGAAAUCCUCUCCCCCAGUGAAGCAUAGGGGCAAUCAUGGGGGUGAAGUAGUUUCGCCAAGGAAUUCGAACGGUGAUUAUUUCGGUGCCGCUGCCACCAAUUCGCACAACGCGAAUCUCAUUGGAUUCUAGCCCUGACGCUUCUUGAACAACUGGCAACAGUGCCUUUAGCUCUUCAAUGGACGGCCCCGCCACGGCCCAGCCAAUGGCCCAUCGAGGAUGUUCCAUGGAAAAAGGAUCGUCAAAGUACAAGCCCGUGCUGAUGGCGGGGAUAGCUUCCUGAUCCACUCCGUACGCCUUGGAAGCUGCUGCCAUCAUGGCAGUACCCUUGUCGCCAAGGGCACCCACGCCCUUUUUAGUUCCGACCACAAGCCGUUCCACUUGUUGACCAAUAUUACCGGUAGUGGUGGCAACAAUGGCAUGAAGUUCUUGACCAUUCAGGAAGCUCUUGUGGUGCUUGAAUUCAGGACGCUCCAACAGACCCAACUGGUACGUCAUGAAGGCGAGAAGAGCACCCAUUAAAACAAUGGAGAGGGACUUCAUGGUUGUAUCGUAGAUAUCUAUCAGGUAGCAAGCGUUAUUAGUUUUAGUUUGUCUCUUCCGGAUUUUUGUAUUUUGUGUUUGGAGUGUGAGGAAGGUACCGGUAGCGGUACAUAUCAGAGACAAAGGUGACCAAACCAGAAGGGCUUGGAAAGGAGAUGAAAGAAAGAUUGGGCUUCGCGAUGCUUUUUGACAUUAUGUAGAGUGGAUAACUUCGUGCCGACCCUUCUGGUGUCAUCUCGGCAAGGUGAUGGGAAUGAAAAAGGCGCCUCCAUAGUACUAGCUAGCUAGCCGGCCUUCAACUACAGGCGGGCCUUGGAAGUGUUGCGAUGGUCGGUCAGUGUAGUUUUCACGAAUUGCUUAUAAUUAUAAAAAUUAUAAAAA